CUGGAAUGAUGAAACACUGGUGGGUCUGACCUCGAAACAACAAAAGAGGUGUUUCAUCUAUUUCUGAUGAGCAUUUCAAGCCUCUUCAUGAAAGGUUUGGAUUUCCCAAUGCAAAGCAUGAGCACGUUGUCAGGAAAAGCGAGCGAUGCAGGUGAUGGGGAGAUCGUGAGAGAUGCCGGAGAAGAAAACAUUUUUGAUUUCUCUUCAUCUUCAAUCAAAAAUCAUCAUUUCAAAACAGCAAGCCUCAGAGUCAGACCUAAACUGGCCUCGGCUCAAGCCGUCCUGUCAUCCAAACUAGAACAACCAUUAGGAACACAGACGAGCGCACACAAGGAACAAGAGGAUGUGAAACCGGAAUAUCUGGAACGACUAGAGACAUCUACUGAUGAAAUGACCGCAGACAAAGACAUUGAGAAGCAAGUGAUGGCAGAGGAAGCUCUUGUUAAAGAAGAUUCAAAGAAUGAAGAAACAAGAAAGAACCUGUGGAAAGGCAGGACUGAACUUAAGGAAAAGCUGAAGGACCGGAUGAGGGAGAGACUUGGCGGAUGUCUGGAGAACAUCGAUGAGACAAGCGAGAGAGAGAUGACUGACAGCAGAAGGCACAGACAGAGGAGUUGGAUUGCUAAACAAAGACAUGCACAUACAGCAAAGGAUGGAGAACUUUACAUGGACAGAGGAACGGAGAGAGAGGGUGAGGAUCAAGACAGAGGAAUGAAAGAAUAUGUUCCUCAUCCUGUCCUCUCUCGGGUUCUCCUGCACUCCUCGGCUUCAUCUUCUUCUUCCUUUAACAACUCAUCAGCCGAGAGCGACGAGGUCUUCAGUGAAGGGGAAGAUGCAGCGGCCAGGAGAAAGACCAUGAGCAGGUGUCGAUCAUGGAGAACGUUUUUGACUAUGAUGCAGUGGUCCAAGCGUACACAGAGCCCAUGGAUCCAACUGGCUGGUCACCAAGGUAAUGUCAAGCUGAGUGAGGGUGGAGAGGUGCUGAAGAGGUUUUGUGAGGUAGAGGACAUCUGCCUGCAGGCCCUCAUGUCAGAUGCGCUCUAUCAGUUCGUGCCUCAAUAUUUCGGGCACAUCAGUCAGGAUGGAGAUCGGUACGUCCGUCUAGAAGAUCUACUGAGUGGUCUUAAGUAUCCUGUGAUCAUGGACUGCAAAAUGGGUGUCAGAACUUACCAGGAAGAUGAGAUCAUUAAAGCCAGAACUAACGUCACCUUGCGGAGUGAUAUGUAUCACAAGAUGGUGAAAGUGGAUCCGGCGGCUCCCACUGAGGAGGAACACGCACAGGGAGGUGUAACGAAGCUGCGUUACAUGCAGUGGAGAGAUUACAGCAGCACUACCACAACACUCGGCUUUCGUGUAGAGGGCAUUGUGAUGGGAAAUGGUAAAGUAUUACGAGAUUUCUACAAGACAUGCACAAAAGCCCAAGUGACCGAAACCCUCUUAUCCUUCACCAAAAGGCAGGUUCACAUUCUAAAAGCCUACUUAUCCAGAUUGCAAGCACUAAAUGAAACGCUUAAGCAGUCAGCCUUUUUUAGCAAGCAUGAGAUCAUAGGAAGUUCUCUGCUCUUCGUCCAUGACAGCAACAACAAAGCUAAUAUAUGGAUGAUUGAUUUCGGGAAGACCAUCCCAACCCCAGAAAAUGUCCACCUGAUGCAUGAUGUUCCAUGGGUGGAGGGAAACAGGGAGGACGGGUACCUCAACGGUCUAAUCUCCCUCAUCUCUCUGGUGGGUGAAGCCCUCAGACAAGCAGAGGAAGAGAAAGAGCCAUCACUUUCAGAUUCCCAUUGAUUUUACACUGGAUACAGCAAGACUCUAGAAAAGAAGCAUAUUUUAUUGGCACCCAAAUAGAAACCGUUCGUAAAAGCACAAUAUUUUGAUAAAAACAUACAAGACUGGAUCUUAUAGUCAAGACCAUUGACAUGCAGCAGUUAUCAGUAUUAAUAAAACACUCAAAUAGAGUUCAGCGUGUUGACAAAAUGUUUAUAUGCUCUCCUACUUGUAAGUCGCUUUGGAUAAAAGCAUCUGUCAAAUGAAUAAAUGUAAAUGCAUUUUGCUUGCAAUGUUUGGCUAAAGAUUAUUGUGAAAUGUACAACUGCAUUACUUUAUC